AGAGCCCUUUAACCUCAGAGUCAAGGGUGAAUUCAUCGUCAUCAGCAGUGCCAGCAGCGGUGAACUUCAAGCGGCUUGACUUUAUUUUGCGCUUCAAAAUCUCAAAAAACCAAACGACAUCACGUUUGAAAAGAUGAUGAAUAUUGCGUGGAUCGUGGCAGCAGCCUGCUUGGCUUGCGCAUCCGUUUCCAGCUCGGAGGCGAUUGAGUCAUCCAUGUCGGCCGAUUCCGACUUCCAGUCUUUGGCCAGCUCAUUUCGAUUUCUGGGCAUCACCAAGACGAUGGCCACCACCACAACGGUCGUCAGCACCAAGACCGUCUACGUCCACACGACUUGCAUCGUCACAUUCCCCAACGUCGGACCUUGCUCCGAUAUUCCGCCGACGACCACGCCCGCUCCGACCACCACAACCACGCCCGCCACGACAACUACCACCAAGCCGACAACUACAACAACCAAGCCGACGACAACCACUUCAAAGCCCCUCUUUCAGAUCAUCCCCGGCUCUUCGCGGCCCGUUUUGACCGGAACAGUCAGCUUCAACAAAGUCGAGGCUCCUAAAUUGCAGGUGAAUCUGCCCGAUUUCCUCGGUGGUGGAACCCUCGGAGGUGGGAAAGCCAACGGAACCGCGACGCCCGGCAACAACAGCAACAACAACGGUAUCCUCGGUGUCAUCUUCAACAAGCCGCCGGUGAACAUCAACGUGGGCGGAAGCGUUUCGGCUUCCGUUUCUGGUGGUCGCCGUCGUCGUUCAAACUUGGAGAUGGAGGACUCGUCGCACAUUCAACCGUCUCUCGUCAGAAUAAUGGAAGUGACAGCCAGUCCGGAAUUGACGCUGAGCGACGAGAUCCAGCCGGAAGUGAUUCUUGAGGCUUCCCGACACGACGAGUACCAGGAGUACGCCAUUGUGGGUCUGGAAAAUGACUUUUAUUCCGAGCGAGCUUCAAUGCCAUUCUUUGGCAAAAAAAUGACCAUUGUCAGGUUGGACCGGGUAACCGUCACCGAUGUCAAGACCGUCACUUCGACGUAUCCCACCAAACUUCCCAGCGAUCGCGUUACUGUGGCCUACCUGGGAUGCAUUCCCAAAGACGCGCCUACCAAUUUGGCGCUGUGCAACCCGUAAUAAUGCCGCGCUGUUAAUUUAUUUUGUACUCUAUGUAUGCUGUACGUGUGUGUGUGUGUCUGGGUUGUGUACACCUUUUUCCAAAAUCUCAAGUGAUGAAUAAAACAAAUGAAAC